CGGAAUUGUGGGAAGGGUACCAGACUAUACCUUGCUCUGCCAAGGGCAUAGGAAUCGGAAAUGUAUGAAAACAUAUUUAACGAUAUCGUUUCGAGAAAAAAAAGGAAGUGUAUAGAAGAGCCCACGAAUUGGAAGGAAAUUACAAAAUAUUAUGUGUUUUAUGGAGACAUAAGAAACAAUACUUUAAGAAAGUUUUACAUUCUCGGCAAAAUGGGAUUCAUUACUGGGUUUAGUAUUGCCGCCAGUGAGACUUACAUUCAUCCACAUCCCAAAAACCCAGCAGGUGGCACUGCUCGUUUCUUUGCAUACAGCUUGUGGAAAAGAAUACCAGUCGGAAUGUUUGGUUUUUUAAGCUUUGGAGCCUAUUGGUAUGCCUGGAAUACUUUCUUUGAUAAUGACAGUUUCAUGGGAGUGACUUUUGCAUCUCAAGCAGCAUGGGUCACAACAGCUGGACCCAUCAUGAAAAGAUGGACUAAUACGUAUGAUUUUAUGCCAUGGGCCAUUUUAUUGGGAUUUUUCCAUCUAUUUCCAUAUCGUCAAGAUAUAGCAAGACGCAGGCUGACUCAAAUUAAGCUUAGCAAUCCCCAUCAUUAUGAAUUCGAUAUUUUUGGAAACUAUAUCAAACCUUUGACUGGCAUCAAUUAUAACUUUGAUGAUGAUGUUUAAAGGAAAUAUUGGGGAUCUUGACUGCUUUGUGGACAAUAAUUUGGCCAAAAAAAAGGCCAGUAAAGAAAAUACCGUUCUUUUGUUUGAAAAAAAAAAUAUCUUGAUUAAAUAAUCAUAAAACAAUA